AUGUCUAAUCCCAACUCCUCCGACACCAACACAGACGAUGAUGCAGUGGAUCUGCUGAGCCCUUUGAUGGGAAUCUCAGCGAUAGACUGGAACUUGCAGGAUAAAGUCAUCAAAGCACGGCGACUUCCCAGUGGCAGAGCCGAUGCAGGCGAUGCUUGCCGGCUUUGGCUGCAGUCCAAGCCAGACUUGAGGAUCCCAUGCUGGUAUGAAGCAUGCAGCCUUGUUGAGGAAGAUCUCAGCAGUGGGGACCUCACAGCAUCUCUAGCGGCCUUGCACCACUGGAGGCGUGACCUUGUGCUUGCCGCUGCCUGCAGAGCUUUCAGAACUCCUGAGAAUCGUUCCCAGUAUAUAAAGUGGAUACCUUCUAAAGCGGAGGAGCUGCGGUCAUUGUGGAAGCUCACCGAGAAGAUCCAAUUUCCUAGGGAAACCAGACAGACUGUUGCAGAGAGAGUUUAUAAGUCCGUGGUCAUCCCAGCUGUGGUGAAGCAUGGUGACGACUUGCGACAGCGAUGGCAAUGGGAACGUCACUUGAUGACCCAACUCGCUGUACAAUGCAAACAAGUGACGGCUUUGAUACGGAAAGCGCAAGAGGAAUGGGAGCGGAAGCAGGAGGCAAAACGAAUGAAACUCCUACGCGAGAACAACUAUGCAGAAUACGUUAAGAUGAUCAAAGAGUCCAAAAACAAGAAACUUGUGGAGCUACUAGAGCAGACGGACAGCUUCCUUAGUGAGCUUGGUGACAAGGUUCGGGACGACCAGGAGAAGGAAGGAUGUCGAGUAACAGGCGUGGUUGAUUACCAUGAUGCUCUCCAUCAACUCCGUGAGGAUACAGUGGUACAGCCUGCUAAUUUAUCUAACGGUUGCAAUCUACUACCACAUCAACUACAAGGUCUGCGUUGGCUCAGAAGUCUCAAGCUCAAUAAGCUUAAUGGCAUUCUUGCAGACGAGAUGGGACUCGGUAAGACCAUACAAGUGAUAGCCCUCAUAGCGUCCUUGAUGAGAGACGGCCCGACCAAGGAGGACCUCAGCGACUUGAAUCGUUACUUGAUCGUGGUGCCUCUGUCCACGCUGCCCAAUUGGAUAGCCGAGUUCAAGAAAUGGUUGCCAUCAGCGAGAGUCGUCGUCCUGCGAGGAGACCUCACGACUCGAAGGCAAAUAGCGAGAGUCCGGGGAGUAGCUCCUGAUGUGAACUAUGAUGUCUGUCUGACCACACCGGAGAUCCUCAUCAGAGAGACUAAGACCUUGAGCAAAGUCCACUGGACGUACGUGAUCAUAGAUGAGGGCCACAAGAUAAAGAAUCACCUCAGCAGAUUUCAUAUAGGCGUAUCGUCCAUACCAGCUCGGCAUAGACUCCUUCUUACUGGUACACCUCUACAGAACUCCCUCACUGAACUCUGGGCACUUCUCAAAUUCCUACUUCCUAAAGUCUUCACUGAUGCGGACAAGUUUGCUGAGUGGUUCAGCAAGCCUUUUGAAGGUCAUGCUGCAAGUGCAUUGACGCAAGAGGAGCAGCUCUUAGUGCUCCACAAACUGCAUACAAUGCUACAACCAUUCUUACUAAGAAGGACCAACCGCGAGAAGGCCACCCUCCCUAAGAAGAUAGAACAUCUCGUUUGGGUACCUCUCUCGGCGUGGCAGGAGAGGGGUAUGCAUCAAAUCAUGCAAAGAGCUCUGUGCGGUGGACAUGGGGAGCAGAAAGUCGCUCUUAGGAAUGUACCCAUGCAACUCCGCAAGAUGGCCCAGCACCCAUACCUCUUUCUUGACGAAUACGACAUCAACGACGACCUUGUGCGUGUCAGUGGGAAGUUUGAACUCCUCGACCGUCUAGUGCCUAAGCUGCUGCAUUUCAACCAUAAAGUUCUCAUUUUCUCACAGAUGACCUGCCUACUUGACAUCCUUGAACAGUUCUUAGAGAACAAAGGCCUGCAGUGGUUCAGGUUGGACGGGUCAACCUCUUUGGAGGACCGUCAGUCGGCAAUGCACCGAUUCAACGACCCGCUCAAUCAUGACACCAACAUAUUCCUUCUCUCAACUCGAGCUGGUGGCCUCGGCUUGAACUUGCAGNNNNACCACCCGUUCAAGAACCUUCGAGCUACCCCCUCCCUAUUUUCGAAGCUCCAACUUAACCACCCCGAAGACUGA